AUGACGACAACGUACUCAGAGUACUCUGUCGAUGCAGAGAUUGAGGCCUUCUUCAAGAAAACAUCCGCAACCCGUACCGCAUGCGACGCCAAAGCGAGAGAGCUUGCCGGCGACACUAUCGUACCCGUCGAUGUCCAGGGCGUAUGCAGCUACUCCGUCUAUGCCGGCCCUGAACUAGAAUACGUCGUACAGUUCCGCCUCGAGUCCCUGGCACUCAAGACUGAAGUCACUUCCCAAUUGAACGAGGUCUACGGAUCCCUUGCGCCGCAGGUGUCCUUCGAGGGCAAGGUAGGGGAAGGCGAAGGGGAGCCGCUCUGUGUCUACCUGAUGAGCCGUGUCCGCGGAGUAACGCAUCUGGAUUUAAUUUUGGCACAUGGCUUCCCGGAAAACUCUCCCGAAAAUCUUGCCCGCCGCAAAAACCUUAUCGGGGACGUAGCGCACUUUAUGGCUUUAUCUUGGAAAGCCCCUCGGCGAGUCAGCUUAGAGUACCGCAGCAAUUUGAGACGGACCUACGUGAGGGACCUACAAGCCUUGUACUCGGCGCUUCCCAGCCGAUUCCAGCCUAUCAUCCAAGCCUGUAUCGACUCGAUGGACAACAUCCUGUCUCUACCCAUGGUUCUCCUCCACCGAGAUUUCGGCUCUUGCAACAUUAUGGUGCAUGAAGUGACUUGCCAUCUCGUUGGUGUUAUCGAUUGGGCGGAAGCUGAAGUGUGUCCAUUCGGGCUUAACUUGCAUUCCCUCCAAUCCCUGACCGGGAAACUUCAUCUCCACAAUGGCUGGACGCGAUUCGAAGACUACAACAUUCUUCAGGAUGUCUUCUGGCAUAGGUUUAAGCAGGAAGUUGGAGGCAUGUCUGAUGAUAAGCUCCGAACGGUCAAGCUGGCAAGGGCGUUGGGUGUGUUGCUGUCGAGUGGUUUUACCAGCCGUCUUGCGAACGAACCAGAGCCAGUGCCUAUUAGCGACGACGAGCGCGGACGCUACAAUAUGAUGUCGUUAGAUGGAUUCCUCAUCCAUCCGCAGACCAAGUUCGAUGGCUUGGAUUAA